AUGGGAAAAACACGCAAAUAUGGGAAAAGACGCAAUUAUGGGGAACGACGCGAUUAUGGGAAAAGACGCAAUUAUGGGGAAAGACGCAAUUAUGGUGAAAGACGCAAUUAUGGGGAAAGACGCAAUUAUGGUGAAAGACGCAAUUAUGGGGAAAGACGCAAUUAUGGGGAAAGACGCAAUUAUGGGGAAAGACGCAAAUAUGGGGAAAGACGCAAAUAUGGGGAAAACGCAAAUAUGGGGAAAACGCAAAUAUGGGGAAAACGCAAAUAUGGAGGAAACGCAAAUAUGGGGAAAACGCAAAUAUGGGGAAAACGCAAAUAUGGGGUAAACGCAAAUAUAGGGAAAACGCAAAUAUGGUGA